AUGGGUGCAAAACAAAGCUCGCCGGAGCUAAGCCUGGCUGAAAAGAGGUAUCGAGUCACUUCGCCCAAAAGGAAAUCAAAACGAGGAGAUUCAGCUCCUAGAAUACGAGCUGCGCCUUCAAUACGGUAAGCUGCUGUAGCGAAGUAAAAGUUUACAGUAAAAUUCUCAAAACUAUCCUGUAAAUGUUCUUGCCAGACACAAAUUUUUAGCUUAGUCCUCGGAUUUAAAAAUUAAAUCUUUCGUUGCGGGACCUAAUUUGGGCCCCUCUUGCCAUGGUUUAAAGAAUGCUCUCGGGCUUACAUGUGCCUUCUCGGACCAAGCUGGAGUAGGCAAGACCGGGCCGUUCUAGGCCGGUCCGUGCUGGGCUAGUUUAAGCUAAGCUAAGCUGAGAUAAGCUGGUUUUUCUCAGGUCAUUUAGGAAGACCAAGUUAACUUCCGAGUAAAAAUGAAUUGUGAUCUAUUUUUUAAUUUUUUUAAACGUUUAUAUUUAAAAUUCGAUGGACUUUGAUCUAAGAUCAGUAAACCGCGUAGACGCCAAUCUUUGAUCAAGCAGUUAUAUUUUUAUAUCAAUUUGAAAAUGAAUAGAAAACGUCUCGAAAUGUACUCUCGAGACGAAUUCCAUUGUUUUAUGUGCAAAUGUUAUAUCAGUUUGCAAUCUUUUUUUAUAUCUCUUUCGAAUAUCAAACAAAUUGUGUCUCGACGUUUAGCAAAAAAAACUUUGAGGUUUCUAAAAGUGCAAAGAACAUAACAUCACUUUGAAUGUAAAUUUAGACCUAAAGGGGUCGUUCGCUUGAUAGAAUAUCUGAAAGGAUGUCCACUAAGCCAGGCUAAGCUGGAUUGAGGCAAACGUAAAAGGGACCGGCUUGGCAACUUUUGACCUGAAGUCCGGGGCUCAAACACAGGCCCAGUCCAUUGAACAAGCUGAAAAAUUGAAAAUAACACGGCUUCUUUGCGACUUAAUGAAUUUAGAAAAAAUCUAGUCCUUAAAAAAUUACAAAGUCGACGAAAUGUCACAAAUGUUAUUGGAAAACGCUAAAAUUGCCGAUCAAUGUCAAAAUACAGCUUGAAAAAUAAAUAUUUUAAAAUUUUUUAAAUAGAAGUUAAAAUUUAUAGCCUAUCAGACAAAGAGUCACAGAAAAUAUUUUUAAAAAAAUUUUAAAGCUCAAUUUCAAUUCCAGAAGUGAAAGAGCCCCUUCGCCAGACCCGCUAAGUCUACCUCCCAACAGUGUUCAUCAUUCCAAAUCAGCGGUGGAUGUGGGGUCAGCAAUACGAUUAAGUCCAAACCUAUCAGAAAACAGUCCAGGCAUACCACCGCUAAGCCCAUUCUUCGCCGAUCAGCAAGAAAUCCUGACCAGAGUGCAAAAACAUAUGAUUGAAACUAGUUGGAAGAAGGCUAGGAAGGUAGGAUUUUGAAGAUUUUAUUGUAGUAUGGUUAGACCUAAAGGGGCCGGGAAGAGCCCAGUUUCUUUCUGGCCGGUCACUUUCUUUGUAAGUGUAGUAGCAAUAUGUCAUAAUUUUGUGUAAAUACUUUACGACACGUAUUUUACCUUUUUUAACAGUUAAAAGGUAUUUUUUCAACUGUUGUUAAACCGUUUUAUUUUUCAGACAGGAGCUGACAAUGUUGGGUCCAAAAUAUUCCUGCUGAUUUUGACCGCCGAACCCGAAAUUCGAAUGAUUUUUGGAUUGGAAAAGGUGCCCCAAGGUCGGCUAAAAUACGAUCCUCGAUUCAGGAAACAUGCUUCCGUAUUCACAAGAACUUUUGAUUAUGUCGUUAAGAACUUGGAUUACACUGAGAAGUUAGCACAACAUUUUCAGGUGAGUUACUGGGAUAUUACUGGCAUAUAUAUGCGGCUUUCCUUAUUAUAUACAUAUAAAAGACACUAAACCUUUACUAUGAUAUAUAGGAUAUUAAAGCCGCUGUUUAAGCAUUAGCAGGGUAUGAAAUACCUUUUAAACCACACUUUUUUCAUUUUUGAAAUUUGAAAAUUUUCAUACAUUUGUACAUACCUUUAUAUAAAGUCGUAUUUUAGACCCUAUAAAAUCGAAUUUUAUAUUUUACAAAAUCGUAUUUCAGACCCUAGGCAAAAAGCACGUUCAGCUACAGAGCCGUGGGUUUCAACCCCAGUAUUGGGACGUUUUUGCAGAAUGUAUGACUCAAACUGCCAUCGAAUGGGAAGCCGGAAGGAAGUGUCGAGAGACAAUGGGGGCAUGGCGAUUACUUGUAAGUCAACACAUUCCAAUGUUGAUGAUUAAAGUGCAGAAAUGUAUUUUUGGACCACUAAUAGUCCUCUAAAUUUGAAUAAUGACCUGUUCUUAGUCUAAAAGAACCUAAAUCUACUCAAGUUUUUGCUUAGUCCUAUCCAAGCUUAGCCCUAUCCUGAAACCUAGACCUAGCACUAGCUAGCUCUACCCGACUAUAGUCCUAAGCCGCCCUAGUCUGAGUCCUAGUCUGAGCACUAGCCUCAGCCCUAACCUGAGCCUUAUCCUGAACUCAGUCUACAGCUAGCAGUAUAUCUUAAUCAAAAUGUAAAACCUCAAAAUUCCAGGUCGGCUUCAUAAUAAAACACAUGCGGGUCGGCUUCGAUCGUGAGAAGCAGAUUCGAAAACGGUUCUCCGCUUCAAUAAUGGGUAUGCCAACAAUAAUCAGAUCUCAGUCCAAUACAAUGUCACAAAAGCCAUUACAUCAAACUCAUUCCAAUGAUCUCGACAACCUUAAAGUCAUAAAUCCACACAAUAAUGAACGAUCUGCUUCUUGGUUUGCUGAAGAACGAGAAUUCAGUGAGCAAUUUGGAAAACUGAAAUUUAAAAGCAAUGUAAGUUUAUAUUACAGUAAAAACAGUUUACAUUACAGUAGAGACUGCUAUUGUAAACCCAAUGAAGAAAAAUUAAAAAUUUUGUAAUAUAAUAUCAUGCUACAACAUUAAACAUCAUAUUAUACCUCACCUAAAUUAAAAACCUCGGUUUAUCCCUCUAAUUUCUCAAAAAGUUACCAUGUAUAAUAUAAUCACCUAUACCUACACUUUUAGUGCCCAGAUCGUGACCCAUCCCCCUCUUCCGGCGACUUCUUUACCCCGCCAUCGACUCGACGAAAAGAAGAACAUAAUUUACUGCAUAAACUAUCCAAUAUAUCAACAUAA